AUGAGCAUACACUCCGUCGACUAUGCGCAGCGAAGUCCUCAACUGGAAAAUUCCCCUGCGGUCGACUUGGAGGCCGGCCAUCAAUCGCCUGGCUCUGCAGCAUCUCCUACAAGGGGAAACUCCAUUGCCGAGGCCUUUACGAGUGCCGCGGCCAGAGUCAAUUCCACCGAUACUGCGAAACGCCGCGGGCGGCGAUCAAACACGGCGCGAUCAUACCACCCCGAUGGCUUUUUGAGUGAAAUCAACUGGCAACCUGGAACGGAGCCGGGAAUUGAUCCCACAAAACCUCUACCGCCCUACAGCUCAGAAUGGUCGUCAAAUGUGCCGGGCGACCUGCAGCGCGAAUGCGAGAUUACCGUGGUGGAUUUCUCGCAGAAUGAGAUGCGUCAAUACGAGCUCGACAAUGAGACGCUACCGGCAUUCCUGGCUCGCGAGCGAGAGCCGUGGGUUCAAUGCCGCUGGAUCAAUGUCAAUGGACUCAGCUGGGACGUGAUCAAAAGCGUGGGCAGCCACAAGGGGCUCCAUCGACUGGCCAUUGAGGAUGUUGUUCAUACCACCAAUCGAACCAAAGCGGAUUGGUACUCCGAUCACGCUUUCAUUUCGCUGACGCUCCAGAAGCUCGUCAAACUUCAAGAUCCCGAUAGCAGCGACUCGGAAGACGAGGAAGGGGGGAAUAUCUGGGACAGCAAGGAGCGCAAGAACUCUGUGGCAAGUGACAAGAGCUCUGUGACGAUGAAACGUCUGACCAAGCGACGCCUCAUUCUCGAUGCGCUGAAAGACCUGUUUCCCGCAAAACGCCCGAAGCAGAGCAGUGAGACAAGGGCACCCGUGGGCGCAAGUGUUCGCCCAGGCCCGAGACCACGAGAUGCCCAGCGAGCCUCCCAGUUUGGAAACGUCGCACCAGCACGGGCGGCGACGGCGCGAACGCUUCAGCGAUAUCGCGGCGGUCCCAAUGAAGAUCGGAUUGAUUUCAUGGAGCGCCACGCCUCUUUAGCUUCCAAGGGCCUAUGCGUCACUCUGGAACAAGUGUCGGUCUUCCUACACGCCGAUAACACGGUCACCUCUUUUUUCGAAAACAGUGCAGACGACAUCGAAGCCCCCAUCGUUCGGCGUCUGAGCUCUCCGGAAACGAUCCUCCGGCAAUCAUGUGAUGCGAGUAUGCUUUUGCAAGCGAUUCUCGACGCGGUCAUCGAUCUUGCGAUUCCCGUCACAAUGGCCUAUCAGGAUGCGAUUGGCGAUCUCGAACUGGAAGUCUUGACUGACCCAGACAUCGAUCAGUCCAAGAGCCUCUAUAUAUUGACAUCCGAAAUCGCCGUGUUGCGAAACUCGAUGCAGCCCAUGGUGGCAGUCAUCAACGCUCUUCGGGACCACCGAUCAGAUCCGAUUGGAACCCCGGGCUUCGGAGGCCUGCGAAAGGCAAUGUUCAGUCCGACUGUGACUCCAGGAGAACCUGACCUGCCACCGCACUCUGGUGUAAUCGGCACAAUCACGCCUAAUCUGAAGAGUUUGGGCGGCUCGAGUGUCACCAUCAGCACCAUGUGUCACACGUACCUUGGGGACGUUCUCGAUCAUUGUAUUACGAUUGUAGAAGGGUAUGAUCAGAUGCGACGAGCUGCCGAUAACAUGAUCGACCUGAUUUUCAACACCAUCGGAGCCUACCAGAAUGAAAGUAUGAAACAACUGACCAUCGUCACUUGUCUCUACCUUCCAAUGACCUUCCUUACGGGUUAUUUUGGGAUGAACUUCACGCACUUCCAGGGCAUCGAGAAUAGCGACUCUUACUUCUGGAAAAUUGCCGUGCCGUUUGUCGUUGUGACCACACUCUUUCUCAUGCGCGAUAAAAUCCAGCGCUACGCUGUCAUGCUUGCACAGAGACGACUCAUUGUCAGUUCGCGGAAGCAACGAAAAGAAAGGAAGAAGAGAUGA